AUGCCUAAAACGGAAGUAGUCACGGGUACCUCAUCUCUCACUGUAGACGAGCAUUAUCCUGAAUUUACGAGCUCCAGCUGUGGUGUCGGCUCAUACAUGGAUACCGAGGAUGGGACUGAGUUCCAUGCGGUUGAAAAACCCUCAGACUUCAAGAAGGAGAUCUCUUCGAUUAUAAACUCUAUAGAGGAGCCCACGCCGGUUUCACGAGGUCACCUGCUAUCC